AAUUCAGCAUUAUUAUUAUUAUUAUUAUAUAUUUUUUAAUACACACAUAGUAGUAUUAGUAUAGCAGAAAAUAAUUAUGUGAUGAAAAUAAAUAUUUAAUUAUAGCACAAAAGCUAUAUUUUAGAUGAUAUAGUCUAAAUAUAAGAUUAGUUAAGCUAUUCUGUCACUCAUCACUUUAUGAUUUUCAAGGAAAGUUAUUAUUAAAAUAUAUUACGAGAUAAUAUAUUUUCUUCGAAAAUUUCACGGGCAUAAAGUUAGAAAUUCUCACCUCUGUUGGUCACUUAACCACGGGAAAACUUUUAGCAUAGUUUCCAUGAACGCUCUACCUUUGUAGAAAAUCUUGACCUAGCUCGCAGCCUGGCUUUGUCGCGAACAAAAAGUUUCCACGGCCAGACCAAAUCUUCCUCUUUCCACUUGAAAUCUUGUUAACAGGUAAAUUCCAUCUUAUUGACCGUUGCGAAGUUAUAUCUGUGUAAAGGAUUUUGAAAGCUACGUAAAACUAAUUAAGAAUUAAUAUUAAAAUUAUUCAUAAAUUAUUAUAAUUAAAAUUUAUUAAUGUAUUUUAAUAAAUUUAUAAGUAAUUUAAUAACUUUUUUUUUCUUAACAUUAUUAAAUCCAUUAUAAUUUGCUAUUUGUUAUUUGUGAAAAGGAUUUAUAUAUUUUACACAUUUAGACACAUAAUAUGUGUGUUUUUAUGUGUAUGUAAGAUUUCCCAGAAUUCAAUCACAUGAAAUAUACAAUGUGAUGUUUUGUAUCAGAAACAAUUUUUACUUGUAAUAAAACGUCGUCCGAAUAGUAGAUUUUAAAUGAGAACAAUUUAAAGUUAAUGAAUGAGCGUUGUAAGUUAUGCGUGAAUUAGGAGUGGCGCGUGCUAUGUUUCUCUGAAGAUUUCAUAACGACUAUUCACGAGGUCUAUUUUGAAUGCAUUAAAAGAAAAUUUCUUAAUGAACUUUAAGACAACAGUAAAGAUGUUACAAUUUCUGAAAUAAAAAUUUCGUAAUCCUUCAAAUAUAAGCUUUUUUAAAAAUUUAUUAAAACAUAAAAUUAGCAAUUUUUCUAACGACUAAAAUGAAUUCUUAUUCCCGUGUCGCGUCUUUUAUAAUGAUAAUCUUUGACCCGAAGAUUCGAUGUUAACGAGUCUUUCGAACUGUGAACUCAUUUGUUCUCAUUACGCGCGUAAUUUGCCAUCGGUAGUCGACUUGCGUUAAAUUCGAUGUUCAUUUGGCCGUACUCUUUAAAUAGUGUUUAACGAUAGCAAUAAUUACAGCGCAAGCUCUCGCAUCCGUUGCAUUUAAUCACAAAAAUACGACAUUUAUUAUCAGACUAGACUAUGUAAAAGCUUUAGUUCAGAAUAUUCAAGUAAUAUGAAUAAGAUAUUGAAACUUUAUUAAUGUUACAUUAUAAUUUGAAUUAAUCUUAUUGCCUUAUAUUAUAUGAUAUUUUUGAAAUUAUAUAUAAUACUGUAUAUUAAAUAUGUAAAAUUUUUUUAUUUUAUAUAUAAACUGUAUUUCACAAUUAUAGCACUUAUAAUCCUUAAGAAAAGAUAUAAAUAAAAGUAUCUGUAAUAUCUAUCCGGGUCUAUCUAAUGACACUCUAAUAAAGGCUAAAGCUAUGGUAGACGUAUUUAAAUUCAUGUCGAUAUAUCGAUUCGAUGAGAAGUAGCAGUCCACAACUGCUUCAGUCUUCAUGUAAACCUGGAACUACACGUACAUUUGUCCUCACGAAACAAAAUAUUUAACUUGUUAAUUUAGAAUCGACGAAGAGAUAAUUUUUGCGAUCGCAUUGCAAAUUACGUGAAUAACAAAUACAUCAAUAAAUAAUAGCGAAUUGAGCUGUUUAAAGUCAAAUAAUGCCUGUACUAUAUUACUUUCCUCCGAGUCCACCUUGCCGAGCUGUUAUGCUCACGAUUGAGGCAAUUGGGCUUGAAGUGGAGUUGAUAGUACUGAACACAAUGGCUGGUGAACAUUUAACGCCGGAAUACGAGGAGUUAAAUCCGCAAAAGACAAUUCCUUUCCUAAUCGACGACGAUCUUAAGCUAUCAGAAAGUCGAGCCAUCAUGACAUAUUUGGUCGAUCAGUACGGCCCGGAUGAUACACUAUAUCCGCGGAAUCCAGAAGCACGUGCUUUAGUUGAUCAACGAUUAUACUUUGAUUUUGGCUAUCUUUUUUCGGGCGUAUUUUCUUACUACUUAACCGUGCUCAGAAAGGAAGCCGAUACGUAUGAUCCAGUGGAAUAUGCAAAACUCAAAGACUCCUUCAAAAUAAUGAAUAAUUUUCUUGAAGGACAAGAUUAUGUGACAGGAGAUAAUUUAACGAUCGCCGAUCUUGCCUUAGUGGCGUCCAUAACUACAGCAUUGGCGUUUGGAUUCGAUUUGGAAGAAUACCAAAACGUUUCAAACUGGUUAGAAAGAAUACAAACGACUGCACCUGGAUACGAGAAAGCUAAUGGCGAACCUCUCGAGAUGUUUAAACAAUUUGUUCAGGCUUCGGAAAACGACGCAGAAGAAAACGGAGAAGAAGAACAAGAAGGUGAAGAAGAAGGAGGAGAAGAACAAGGAGAGGAAGAACAAGGAGGAGAAGAAGAAAAUGAAUAAUGUCAUAUGAAUUAUAUUCAGUUUUCAAGCUGGUACAUAUUAAAUAGAUUAAAUGUUUUCUUGUUAUGCUAUUAAUAAAAUCUCAAUCAUAUAAAUAAUUAUGUAGACAAAUUGGUCUAUUAUAAGUUUUUGUUUAAAAAUUUGUAUAAAAAAUAAUUAUUGUUGCUUUUUAAAUGUUUUUAAUAUUUUAUAUAUUUCUGUAUUUUUUCUGGGUAUUAUAGUUUAUAAACACGAAAUUUUAAAUAUAAACAAAUAAUGUUUAUAUAAACAAGCGAUGUUUGUAACCACAGUAUGUAAAAAUAAUUACUAUAAUAAAAAUAAAUUUUAGUCUCA